UGUCAUCCCAGUCCUGAACUUUGGGAAAGCUUGGGGAUUCAAUUCUUGAAGGUUGAAAAUUGUGUUUGUGCGCUGGAAUUCCGUAUUGUGUCUUCGACCCAACUUUGCAAUUUUCUGUACCAAAGAGCAACAUUAAAGCCAACAUGCGUUCCAUCUUCUUAAUCGCCUCCAUACUCGCGACUCUAUCCUCCACAUCCGCAGCAAACUGCACACGAGAUGGCCUCCUCUCCACCGCCUCCCAAUUCGUCACCGCUGUCAUCGCCGGCCAAGUCAACAACCUCCCCACAACAUCAAACUUCACCAACCAAGAAAACAACAAAGCCCUCGCCCUCUCCAAAGGUGUCUUCGCCUCUCCCCUCCAGAUAGACACCAACCGCAGCACAGCCGACACCGUCGCCUGCGCUUCCUACACAAUGCUCAUCUCGACCUCCGGCCCCAAGCCCUACGUCCUCGCAACCCAGAUCCGCCACGACGGGAACGACACCGGCAAGAUCUCCACGAUCGACACCAUCGCCGCCACGACCGGCUCCCUAUUCUUCACCGCCAGCCUGACGCUCUCGUACAUCAAAGCGGAAGAUUGGAGCGCGCUGCCCGCAGCCAGCCAGCCGGGUCGCGAUCUGCUGAAGAAGGUCGGCGACGGGUAUCUGGAUAUGUGGACCGAUGCGAAGGCCGCGGAUACGAUUCCGUGGGGCACGAACUGUGAGCGCGUGGAGGGCAGUCGGUUGACGAAGCCGUGUGGUGCGAGCUUGCCGCCUGGGGGGAGUGCGAAGCAGAAUGAUGAUCGUAGGUAUGUGGUUGAUGAAGUGAUGGGGAGUGUGGAUGUGUUGUGUGCGUUUAAUAGUUUGGGGAAUAUGCCGGAUAGUCAUGAGAUUCGGGUGGUGGAUGGGAAGGUUAAGUAUGUGCAUACUAUUACUGUUAUUGGGUAGGG